AUGGCUGACGCUGCACCACACACGGACUCCCUCAAAAGCAUUGUAACCUUUGAGGAUGUAUUCAUCCGCUUUACCAGAGAGGAGUGGGACCUGCUCACUGAGAGUCAGAAACGCCUGUACCAUAAGACGAUGGUGGACAACUUUGCACUGGUAAUGUCAGUGGGACUUGAAAGUUCCAGAUAUUGUUUGAUUUCUCCACCAGAGCCAGAGAGCGCACCCGAGGUUCCUGCCAGGAUAGGCAUAGCUGCGGCAGUGGAAGAGGUAAGCCAGGAAAGCCCUGGCCCUAGUCCUGGCCAUAGUGUGGAGGAUAGAGAUGACUCUUCUGUUUCUAUAAAAAUAUCAAAUGUUCGAAGUCUGCAGGUGGCGCCUUCCAUCCAAAACAGCCCCCUAUGCGAUAUGUGUAAUCCAGUCUUUGGUGGCGUUUUUCAGCUGGCUGGGCAGCCAGAAACCUCUUCUGAGCAGCAACCAUAUAUGUGUGGAUCAUGUGGAAGAGCUUUCCCACUCAGUGUAAGCCUUGACGAGAUGCAGAGGUGGCAGAGUGGAGGGACAGUCACUAGAAGGGAAAGGGACCAGGCUGCCUCUGUGAAUAGCCACGGAUGCCAUGGGUUAGGGACUGCCUGUACCCAUGAGAAGGGUGAGGAAGACAUCUCAGCCAGUUCUGGAGUUGUGCAGCACCGUGGCACUCAAGACGGGGAGAAUCCGUGCACGAGCGCUGAGUGUAAGGAGACCUUUCCCACUGGACAAAGGGAUCACCAAUGCAGUGGAAGUGAGGGGGCUUGCGGCCAUCAGGAGGGAUGUGUCCAGCAGCAGGAAAUCUAUGUACAAGAAAGGUCUUAUGAAUGCAAUACAUGCGGGAGAGUCUUCAACUGCAGAGACACAUUUAAUAAUCACCAGGAAGUCCACCGUAGAGAAAGGUCAUGUGAGUGUGAUGUAUGCGGGAAAUCCUUUACACGCAGUUCCUAUGUGAAAAUACACAAGAGGCUUCAUACUGGAAUAAGGCCUUUUGUGUGCGAUGAAUGCGGAAAAACAUACAUCACUAAGUCCCACCUUACUGUCCACAAGAAAACUCACACCAUAGAAAGCCUGAGCAGACGACUGGUUGUAGGAAAUGUGUUGCUCAUACCGGUCUUGGUUAACGCAAGAGAAGACACACAGGAGCAAGGCCUUGGACAUUCAGCAAAUGAGGGAGAGCCUAAAGAAGCCUCUCCCACCUCUGACCAGUGA